AGGAGGGCGGCGAGGCGCCUGCCCCUGGCGGCAGCGGCGAAGGCGAAGGCGGCGCGGGCGCCGCCGCUGCGGAUUCACCAGGCGGCCCGGGGCCAGGGCCCUCCGAGGGCGGCCCUCCCGCGGCCGAGGGGCGGCACGCCGCGGGAGGCGCCCCGCCGCGGCAGCGCGCCGCGCGCAAGCCGCGGCAGCAGCCGCCGCCCGCGGCAGGAGAGGGGCGCUUCGCUGGGCUGGGAGACUGGCGGCAGAAGGGGGCCGCAAAGCGCAAGGCGCCAGCCGGGCCCGAGUGA